AUGGAGGCGCUGCUGGGCGCUGGCCAGUCGAACCCGGCCUGCGGCUCCGUAGCCGAUCUCCAAGUGCAACUACGCGAUCUCCUUCACAACCGCGUCACCGAAACGCGUGCCGACCACACCUCGGUGACGUUCAAAAUUCGGGCGACUGCGAUUUUCGACCUUCCCGUUACCGAGACGGAAAAUGAGACUCCCGACGGCGUGUCGAACGCCGAUCCGCUGCUGGGGUCGACCGCUGUGCCCGCGAACGGGAAUCCAGGCCAACCGACGAGACGAGUCAAUGCCAUGGAUGCCCUCGUCAACCAACCAGUUGACGACCCGGCCCUACAGACCACAAUUGCAAGGCAUAUCAUCUUGUCGCUGAAAGCGGUGGAUUCGAGCAAUUGGACGGUGCGUCAGGUCUCGCGCACCGAGCAGGGUUGGACGUUCACCUACAUUUGCAAGGACUCGUGGCAGGCGUGGAACCGUCAGGCCUCCAAGACCCCUGCGAAGACGGCCAUUGGAGAAUGGAGUGAGAAGGGUGGACAAGAUCCGGUUCAUUUGGCUCGUCCGGCCUUCGAUUGUCGAGGUUCCGUUAAGAUCGCCUUUUCCAAAUCGGCCAAGACCAUUGAUGUGAAAUAUGAACAUACCCCAAUCCACAAGACUGUUGCGCAGCUGAUAGAACUGCUUGCGCCGCCACCCGCCGCACCGAUCGUCAGGACCCCAGCGAAGAAGGCCAAGGAACCGAAGGCACCAAAAGAGCCGAAACCACCGAAGGAACCCAAACCGAAGACACCGAGGCCCUCGAAGAAGCGGGCGGGAGAGAAUGGUAUCGCGGAAGGAGAGGGCUCGCAACCUAAAAGGAGUCGCAAGAAGAAGGACUCCCUCGCGCCAGUCGCGCCGCAUGGCGCUGUUCUGCCCCCAGAAAUGCCGGGUGCCCUCCCAGUGGGCGAUUCAUCAGCGCGCCAGCUCUAUAGCACUCAUACGGGAACUUCCGAUGAUCCGCAACCCGGCGGCUCGGGAAGUUACCCAGAGGGGCUUGUGAACGUUGCACACGAUGCUGCCGCGGCAUCCAUAAAUAGUGAGGUUCAUACGCAUUCAAUCCUCAGUCUGCCUCUGGACGAGGCCGCAAGGCGGCGGGAGGUGGCGUUAAAGCUGCUCAGUGACAAUAAUCUUGACCCAAAAACUUUAUCAGCCGAGCAGUUCAACAUCUUUGCCAACCAGUCGCCUGAUUUGCAAAGCGACUCUCUGGCGAUGUUGCUAGAAUAUGGUGCCGAGAGAUUGCGUAUAGUUCAUCCCACGAAGGAUGCAUCAAACUCCGGGCAGUCGACUCCUAACAAUGCCAACAAUCCUAGCCCAGCAGCAGCAGUGACUCCGCAGCCGGUGAAUCCGAAGAAAUCGCGGAAGAAAUCAGAGAUAGAAGGUGCGGGAGCGGGCGAACCCCAGAGGUCCAAGGCCGGCGAAGGGAGGCAGAGGCGUAUCUGCGAUAACUGCCGCAUUGAAAAGUACAAGGGCAAGUGUGACAAGGCAAAGCCAUCUUGCCCAAUGUGCGUCGGUGAGGGUGUCGCAUGCGUCUACCCUCCUUCAAAACCAAGGCAAAGCAAAGCGGCCGAGGCAAUUCCGGGAGCUGCCGAGCAGACCGGCGCGGAGAUUCCGAACGGCGAGCCGGAUGGUGUGGGGUCAAGUCUUGAUACUGCGCCAGUGGUCCAGCCGGCCGAGGAGCCAGCGCCGGUUGAUGAGCUAGCUCCGGUCCAAGAACACUACGAUGGUCAUCUCCACCCAGCAGUGAACGUGCAGGUCCCCGAAUCAGCAGUUCAUGAGGCUGAGACGCCGUCGGAUGUGUUCAACCAGGUUCAUAGCAUUUAUCAACACCCCUCCGGACUAAGCUUUCCGCAAGUCAGCGCCACUAGCUCUACGGAACUCACCCAAUCCAAUAUUCAGCCGGCGGCAGAACAAGGUUACAUGUCAAACCCAGGGCCGGAAGUUCCUGAGGCCUCAUUGCACGGCUACACACAGCCUCGACCACCAGCAGCUCAUCAAAAGCCAGCCCCUGCGGUUGGCCGGGGCAGGCGUGGAAGCUCGGGAACCCAGGCUGCAGCACCAAGGCGCAGUCUCCCGGCCGGCCAGCCUGCCAAUGAACGUAACGCGAGCGCUACAACGGACAGUCAGAAUGUAUGGCAAUCAAUAUUUAGCACACCUGUCCAAGCAACGACGGCCUCGCCGAGGCAAGCCAGGGCUAAGAAACCUGCGCCUGUAUCACAAGCAUACGACGACUCCCGGCAACAACCGGCGUCAGCUUGGGGAAGUGCUGGCCAGUCCGUCGUAACACAACCGAGCCGCAACUCCCCGAUCCAGGCCGCGGUUCAGCCUGCUCGCGUCACUUCGCGUCAGAACAAUCGUUCUCCUCCCACCGCGGCCCAGCCUAGUUCAGUUCAGUCUAACACGGCUCAAGAUUACAGCUAUAACCAAUAUCAAAAUGGCAACACCCAAGCCGAGCCCUCCGGUGAGCGCGUGUCGUACCAGCCGUAUUCUAGCCAAACCUCCCAUCGGCCGAGCUCGUACUCGACUGACGGUUAUGAUAUUCGAAUUCCCAACACAACAUCCUCCACGUACCCUGCGACAGCAUCGCAAAUCGUGGCUUCAUCGUACUCUUCCCACCCGGCAGCAACGACAAGCACGGCUCAAUGGACGUCAACCCCUCAAUCCAGGAAUACACAUGCGUACAACGCGGCUUCCAACCCCCCGCAGUCACAAGCAUUGCAAGACUUCAACGUGCGCCCGCCGCCGACUCGACCUAGGGCCUCCUCGAGCGCGUAUAGCCAACAACUGCAGCAACAGCAAAAACAGCAGCACGGGCAGCAGCACUCCCAACAACAGCCGGGGUACAACGGGUACACCAACAACUUAAGCCAGCAUCAACAGCCGCAGCAACAAGCCAGUGGCAACUAG